GUGCAGGUGAUGGGCGGAGAGAGGGAAGAGGUGGAGUGCACUUGGAGCUUUAGGACUGUGGUAACUCUGGUUAGCGAGAACUUCAGGUGGACUUUCUUGGGUUACCGUAGACUAUUGGAUCAGUUCCAGGAUCCCAAAAACUAUCUCUAAGGGAAAUACUUGAGUAGGAAUGCGACUUCAGAGCGAACCGUGCACUAUUUCCUGCUGAAGAUAUCACACUAGGUUAAUUUGAUCCAGAGAUACGAUUUAGAUUCAAAGGACAAUCUGUGAGAAACGAGCUCGAAAGCGCGAACUGUGCGAAAGCACUGUAGUUAAACUUGUGACAAGUUAUGGAUAUAGGCUAACACCUGCUAUGUAGUACAAGGGAAAGAAGAUUCCAAGAAGCAACUCGGACUUCCUGUUUAUCCACCUAUUACCUGCUGUGCUGAACAGCCAUGAAAUUAUGAUGGAUCCAGACACUCGGAUGCUGUACCAGCUUUUGGCAGAAGUGCAGCUGGAGCGAUUUUUCCAGAAGAUCCGCGAUGAACUCAAUGUGACGCGUAUUGAACACCUGGAUUUCGUAAAGGACACAGAUUUGGAACAGAUAGGCAUCAAGAAACCAGGACAAAGACGAUUAUGGGAAGCAGUCAAGCGUUACAAAAUGAAUAUGCGGCCACGGUCGUGGAUGGGCAAGGUCUUUACUGGCCGUGGACCAGAAGGAGGUGACCAGUCAAGUGGUGGUGUACCUGGUCCAGGGACAGACAUAGUACGACCACUUACCUGCCUUAUCCAGGACAGUGAGCUGGUGUUUGGGGACAAGCUUGGCUCAGGCUCCUUUGGUGUGGUGAAGAAGGCAGAAUGGCAUACGCCUACUGGACGAGUGCUUCCUGUAGCAGUGAAGACUCUCAGGACCAGUAUGUCCAGGGAGGCAGACCUAGUAACAGACUUUCUGCAGGAGGUUACUACCAUGCAGUCUCUGGACCAUCCCAAUAUUAUCCGUCUCUAUGGUGUGGUCCUCACCCAGCCUCUAAAGAUGGUGACAGAGCUGGCUCCUUUGGGUUCUCUGUAUGACAUGGUCCAAAUGCGGCGAGGCAUUUACCCGCUGGCUCGUCUCUGGCUCUUCAGCACCCAAAUUGCUGCAGGAAUGGAGUAUUUGGAGUCACGUCAUUUCAUUCACAGAGAUCUGGCAGCCCGGAAUGUGCUUCUGGCCUCCAAAGACCUGGUGAAGAUUGGCGACUUUGGCCUUAUGAGGGGCCUGGGUCGUGACAAAGACCACUAUAUCAUGGGAGCCCACAGACGCAUCCCUUUCGCUUGGUGUGCUCCUGAGAGUUUGCGUGUGGGGUUUUUCUCACAUGCCUCAGAUGUUUGGAUGUAUGGGGUUACACUGUGGGAGAUGUUUACUUACUGUGAGGAGCCCUGGUUUGGGUUGUCUGGAAGACAGAUCCUGUUUCGUAUAGAGCGGGAGGGAGAUCGCUUGCCAAAGCCUCCUGACUGUCCUCAAGAGCUCUACAGUGUGAUGCGGAAAUGCUGGGCCUGCAAUCCAACAGAUCGGCCCACAUUUGCUGAGCUCACCACUUUGGUGGCUGAGGCUCAGCCUAUGGAAGUGCGUGCAGUACGGGAUUUUGCAGAGGCCAGAAAGCUACCUCUACAGGUCAAUGAUACAGUGACUGUCAUAGACCAUGGGCUGGAUUUGUGUGAGUGGAAGGGUCAAAACCAGAGGACACUGUGUAUUGGUUGGUUUCCUCCAACACUGACUGCUUCCUUAGUUCCUUCAACGGGACCACUCAGUCCUAAUUCUGGAGCUGGUUUAAUUUCUCCACCAAUCAGAGGAAGCUUACAGCAUGCUGGACAUGGAGACAUCAAUCCAGAACGUAGCUGGGGAACCCCAGAACGACUUGACGACCCUGGAAACUGGAGAACUCCUUUGUUGAGGGAGAACCAAGAAUCCAAUCUAAAGAAAAUGGCAGGAAUGUCCCGCAGUCUAGAAUCUGUCCUGGGCCUCCCUCAAAACAACGGUCAAGGUGAUAAUGGUAACUUUGUUCAGCGAGCUAACGAACGAAAACACAUCUCAGCUGCCCAUGUUAAGGACCCUCGCAGGUUCAGUGAUGCAAGUGGCGUCAUCCCUCCUCCACGGCCACCACCACCCAACCCUAAACGCUUAAGGAAUCAUAACAUGAAUUUUGAUUGGCGAUUUGCAGGAAAUCCAGCCACUGCUUCUCGGUUUCUUGCUCCUUCUCAUCCAAAUAUGCAGUUCCAACCACAGCAGCAGACUAGAGGUGUUACCAACCUAACUAAGAUGGCCCAUCUGGCCAAAUCAAGCCCCCAGAUAGAUAGUGACACAGAUAAGGAGAAAGAAAGAGAGAGAGAAGGAGAUCGAGAGAAAGUACGGGAAAGGUACCCACCACAACAGAUCCAGGUAGAUAAGGAGACCCUCAUAGCACAGGUUCAGACAAUGGUACAUGGAGUAACUAUUGAGGAAGUUCAGAAAGCCCUACAACGCAAUGACUGGAAUCCAUUGAGGGCAGAGCAACAGCUGAAGGCAGAGCAGCUUUACCACAUGAACCAAUGCUCACGAGAGGACUGCCAUAAAAUACUAGCUCGCUACAAUUGGGACCUGCAGAUGGCCAGCCGUUUCGUUAUCCGCAUGGCUACUGAGAGACGCAGUGACAGACCAUAGGAACAAGAUAAUAUAUUUCAGUCAGGCAUCUCAGUUAAGAGACACUCUAUGAGCUACAUUUCAGGAUUCAAGGAGCCUGUGCAAAACAGCGAAAGGGUAGCGUCACUGAACUGCCUUACUGACCCCUGCGGUGAUAUUCUCUCUUUGUGGUUGGAUUAUUCCCACCUGUUUGGGAGUCAUAGUCUAAAACAACACUGGUUUCAGGCAUAGAAGCUUCAGAACUAGUAACACAGUUUUGGAAAUCUGUUAGUCAGUCCCAUUUUUGGACCAAAAA